CAUUCUGCUUCAAAAAUUGCUUCCCAGCCUGCAGUUUAUACUUAGUUGGUCAUACUUGUCCAAAAAGAGACACUGACUGUAACAGCUAGUUUGGCCCUUAGGGUGGCCCUGUGAUAACUGGAGGAAGAGAUUGACACCAGUUAAUUGCACGGUUCUCUCUCAUUUGCUGCAGCGCUGCCAAUUUUUGCUGCUGCCUCCUGCUCUUGUCUGCUCCUGCUUUCAGCAUGGUAAGGAAGAAUACUAUCCCUGAUGGAUGGCGGAAUGUAUCUGCAGUUGGACAGCCUAUACCUGGAACUCGAUUCAUUGCUUUCAAAGUACCUUUGAAAGGGUUAAUCAACCAAAGAUUGACUCCAAACCAGAAAUUCACACCAAAAGAUUUGAUUGCUGCAAUGAAAGGUCUGAACGUGGAGCUUGGCUUAAUUAUUGAUUUAACGUAUACAACAAGAUACUACGAUGUUAAGGAUUUGCCUAAAACUGUAGAAUACAAGAAAUUAUAUACUGUUGGACUUGAAGUCCCAAAUGAUCCUACUAUUCUACAAUUCAAAAAAUGGGUCAGAAAGUUCCUAUGGGAAAAUGCAGAAAAUGAGAAGCUAAUUGGAGUACAUUGUACUAAUGGAAUUAAUAGAACUGGUUACCUUAUAUGUAGAUAUCUGAUUGAUGUUGAAGGCUGGGAUCCAGAAACAGCAAUCCAAGUUUUUGGGGAGGCUCGUGGUCACCAUAUGGAUGGUGGAAGAUAUUUGACAGAUCUCAAAACCCAACCAAUGAGAAGCAAUCUUGGAAUGAAUAUAUGGGAUGUUGAUGUGGAAAUACCACUACCAAAUGAAAUGGAUGGACGUAUUGGUAGGUUUCCAAGCGAAGAAUGUCCAAGGCCUGAGAAAAGACUAAGAGUUUAUGAAGAUUGUCCCCACCACAAUGACUUGCCAGGACAGAUCCAGUUGAGAGAAUUUGAUUUUAUUAACAAGGGUCCUGGGCAACGGCGAAAACCAUAUCAUGACCUCCAGUUUCAAGAAGAUUUGCAGCCACUAAUGCAAAUAAGGGAAAGACAUUUUCCUGAACCUCAGUUUUAUGAUGACUAUCAAGAAGAAAGGCAUCAGGAAGAUUUAGAUUUUGCUGUCAGGGACUCAGAGCAGUGGCAAAGAUCUUUUCCUGAUAAUCGGUUUUAUGACAACCAUCUAGAGAGUACACCAUCAGGUGACCCUGUUAAUAUGGGCCGUGGACAGAGGCAGAGACGUUUUCCUGACAGUGAUAUACCUAAAGAUAUGCAGCUUAAUAGGGGGCGUGGACAAAGACAAAGGCCAUUUUAUGACCAGCAAUCUAAUGACGGAUUUCAACCAUGUGUGCAGGUAAAAGACCAGCCUUUCCUCAACAUGGGACGUGGGCAAAGAAUGAGACCUUUUCAUGACCGUCCCUCUCACGAUGAUAUGCAGCCACCAGUGGGAGAUUUUGAGUUUGUUAGUAGAGGCCGUGGACAAAGAAUGAGACCUUUCCUUGACCGCCAGCUUGACAGAGAAUUAAGAAGAGAGAUGGCAUUAAAAGAUUUUGAAGACAGAGAUUCUGAAUCAAGAUGCAGAUCUUUUUAUGAUCAUCAGUCCUAUGAGGAUUUCAGUGAGCCAGCACAAGUGACCGAUUUUGCAGACAGUGGACAGGAACAAAGGAUGAGACCAUUUAAUGACCGUUCACCUUGUAAUGAGGUGCCAUAUGAAGGAUAUUUAGAAAGACAUAAAUCUCUGCCUUCUCGUGAGAACUUCCAAGAUUUGCCGGUAUUGUGCAGAGAUAAAGAAGAGUAUAAUAGAAAUUACAGGGAAGAUUGUCCUGAAGAUUACAGGAGAAACUGCCUUUCAGAUGGAAUGAACAAAGGAGGGAAAAGUAUAUUUGCAUCAUAUCCUUCGCACCCAACACAUCACCUUUCAUCUGCACACCAGAAAGAUAAUUCAGUUUCAACAGACUAUGAAAGGGAACCUCAACAUGAAAUUUCAAGAGAAAUGGAUCGAGGGAAAAGAUUACCGGUUGUAACAAUUGAUUACAAUUUUGGUUUGCCUUUAGACUGUGCACCUGAAAAGGAAGAUAAAGUAUAUUAUGAUUUACCUUCAAGGGAACGUUACAUUUGGUAUUGAACCAAAGAAGUGUUUGCAUGCUUACUUUCACCUGUUUUCGUUUGUGUGUGGACCAAAAAUUUUUCACAAACUAGAAAUGCCUAAUAAGACUAGUUCCUGCAAAUGUUAGUGCUCUUUAACAUCUAAAUAGUGUGUACAUUUGUUAAGUAUAUGUGGAUACAAAUAUUUAACAUUUCAAAAUAAAAUGUGGUUACUUUUAGUAAAAUUGGAGGUCUGUAGCAUAAGAUACAGUAAAAGCUAUGUUCCCCGUCUCCCAUUUUUAAAUGUAUAUAAUGGUUUCAGUUUACAAACUUGUAAUAAGCCAUUUAACAACUGCUGUCAGUAGGCUUUAUCUAAGAUAAAUAGGAUUUACCAUAAAUAUGACAAUAAAAUAAAUAGUUCCGGUAA